GAAAAGUUUUAUCGUCAAAAACGAACCAUACUGGAACCUACAAACGUUCAUUUCUGCAUACUAUCACUAAUUCUAUUAUUUAACAGCGUUGAGAUUAUGCUUCCUAUGGCGUUUUUUGGCUCAUGUCCUAAUUUCAUGUUUUAAACUAACUGGUUGCUUAAUUUCGAAGUCCAUGUGAGGCUAGUUUACAUAGCUCUCAGUUGUUGCCUCCAUUUGACUUAUCUUUAGAUAAGAUUAAUGCAAUUGUGGAAGAAGUGAUAACCAUAGUUUUGUGGAGACGACAAAAUGCUCAGCAGCCAGCAAGCAGUUCCUAACGAAUCAUAGAGCAAUGUCUGUCAAAAUAACUGUUGCAACUCUUUGAAGUCGAUUUUCAAGAACUUUUUCUGGAAUGGAACUUAAUAAAAUCCUACGGAAAUGGAUUGAGAACAAGGACUUUUUUGCCUCAUCGAACGAUAGUGUAGUGGUACGAGUAACAUCUGUCACUAUGUAAUCGACUUCUGAACUGAUCAUACUUGUAUUAUUUUAUAAAUUAACAUGUCUAUCCAUACAUAUAUACGCUUCUGAGUUUCCCUACAAUAUAUAUAAAUGUAUAGUAUAUCUAGAUUCUCUUUUAGCUUUUGUCAUGCUAUGUAGAAAGGCGUUAGUUGUAGCGCUAGGCAUAAAGUAGAACAUUUUGGUUACAUCAUAGUUUCCAAUAAAAAUGUUAAUUAACUAGCACAACACCAAUUUUUUUAAGACAUAUGAGGAAAUUAAAUAUAAAAGUUCGUGUGUUCUUAAUGAUGAAGUCAUGUUUUCAGAUUUAAACCGAAUAUAGGUCUUAACUAGUAAUGAGUAUUGAGAAUUAUCUCCCAAACAACUGUUAUGAGCUCUGGAUAUCUAGCUUAAUUUAUUUCAACUAUCACGUUAUAUUUCACAAACAUGUAUAAAUAUUUUAUUAUACAUCAUGAAAACUCCAAUUAAUCGCACUUAAUUUACUUAUUUAUUCAAAUGCAUUGAUAUUAUUGCCAAGUUGCUACCGAAUUAUGAAAUGAAAUGAACUAACAUAAUUCUACAUAUUUAGUUUAGAGAAUUUAUUAUUUCUAUGAAUUAUUAUUCUUUUUUAAACAACUAUGGAUCGUUUUUAAAUGAUAUAGUGUGUGUAGUUUGGGGUGUUAGUCACUGAUUUAUUUGUUUUACCAUACCAAUUAUUAUACAGUUUCAGAAGGUUGGCUAUCAUUAUUCCAUUUUGUUUCUUAUUUGUGUUCUAAAGUGUAGUUUGAUUUGCUUGAUUCAGUGCACUUUUUAAUUAUCAUUAGUUCACUGCUGAAAUAUGAAACCUAAAUAAUCAGUGAUCUUUUCAUUCAUUGAUGUUUGUUAUUAAUUGUUGUAUGUCAAAACUGCCUCUAGUUUGAUAAAUGUGUUACUUAAAAUAUAGGCUUUAUAAUUUUUCUUUUGUUUAACAUCAAUGUGAUAAAUUCUACAAGCCAAAUAUCUUAAAGAAUCAUCAACUUUUUCCCACUCUUGAAAUUCUGUCGGAAAAUGCUGCUAUCACUAAAAAAUCUAACAUAAACCGGUAUUUAUUUGUUUAAAAAAGUUCACUUUCUGUGAUUCAGCUGGGAAAAUUAUUCUUAAUAUCGAUUAUUCAGAGCUCUAAAUUCAUGAAUCUACUGACAAUAUUCAGUUCCGUUGUAAAAUUAACUGAUUUCUUUUGAAAUUCUUAUAGCUCAAGAAAACACAAGAAAAAUUAGCUAAAGCGGAAAAAGAUGUUUAUCGAACUCGUGAUGCAUAUAAAAUGGCAUUGGCUGAUUUAAAUACUGAAAGUUCACGAUAUGUUGAAGAAAUGACCAAAGUAUUUAAUCGAACACAGGAUUUUGAACGUGAACGUCUUAGUUUUUUUAAAGAUAUAUUUAACAGUCUACAUGGUGCUCUUAAUGUUUGUGCGAAAGUUAAGUAGGUUUUCCCAGUGUAUUUAAUGAUAAAUUUAAUAAUAGUAGAAUUUUAAUGUUAAGAAUUCAUUCAUUAAUGUUAUAUCAGGGUUCGAUUGAUAAUGACAACAAGAUAAAUUGUUUCAUGUUCAUGAGAUAAUUGGAUAAUAUUCAAUAGUUAUAUGAUUGACUGGACGUUUGAUUAGCGGUAGUACCUAUGAUUGCUUUAUCAUGAAUUUACAAUUUGGUAUUUUUGUUAUUUACCUUACAUUGCGAUUCAUUUAUCAAGGUAAGGUUUAUUUUAUCAGGUUUGAAGGUACAUUGAAAGCUCAGAAUACUAAAUAAACGCAUAAACCAGAGUAGAUGAAGUUGGGUUAAUACCUAUGACUUGUUCAUUGGAAACCCAAUGUUUUUAACUACUAAGAGAACCCACUACAAUGUACUUCAGUUUUGGUUUCCGUAUACUUACCUACUUUGGCCUAUCAUCGCUCUUCAGGCAUAGGUCACUGACCAGAGAUCUCCAACCAGCUCUGUACUGGGUCCUCUUUUCUAGUUGUUGACAAGUGCCAUUCAUCGUCUUAAUGUUCGUGUCCAAGUCCUGGCUCCGUGUGGUUUCGGUCUGCCUCUUUUCCUUUUGUCUUGAGGAUUCCAAGUUAUGGCUUGCCUUGUGAUUCGAUUUGGUGGUUUCCGUCAAGUGUAUCCUAUUCACCUCGAGCGUCUUUUCCUAAUUGCCUCCUCACUUGGUAACUUAUCUUUUCUCUGCCAGAAUAGGUUAUUGCUGAUGAUCUUUGGCCAGUGGAUCUUCCGUAUUUUGGGUAGACAACUGUUUGUAAAUACUUAUGCUUUUUCAGUGGUGGUGGUAUUAGUUUCCUAAGUUUCAGCACGGAACAGUAGACCUGCUUGGACGUUUAUGUUGACAAUCCUAACUUCUGUCUUAGAUUACAAUUCUUUUGAGUUUCGGAUAUUCUUCAGGUGUAGGAAUGUUGUUCUUGCCUUGGCAUUUUGUGCCUUCAUAUUUAGAUCAGACUCUCUUUGUUUAUCAAUGAUGCUGCCCAAGUACGUGAAGAUUUUCAGAGCUUUGCCACUAAAUGUAAUUUGGUUGGUGCCCAAUGUGUUAUACUCCAGGAUCUCGCCUUUUCCUUUGCGAAUGUUGACGCCUAUUUCUGCGGGAGCCACUGCUAUAUUGACUGUUUUCAUCUGCAUUUGUUUUGUAUGUAUAGAGGGGCUAAGUCAUCUCAAAAUCAUCCGUGUUCACUGUAUUCCGUGCUCUUCCUGCAGGUCCUCAUAAUCCAAUCAACAACCAGAAGAAAGAGAAAAGGAGAUAGUAAGUAGUUUGUCUGACUCUACUCCUCAGUCGAAAUGCAUCUGUUAACGCUCUCCUUCAUAGGCGUCAUUACCAAGGUUUGAUUUGAUAAUUUCGAAUAAAUUGAGCAUUGAGUUGAUUGUUCCCCUUCAUGUUAGACUUCACGAUUCAGUCCCAAAUCGGAGUUCUGUGUGAUGGUAACGGCGUCUUUAGGGACUCCAAAGUGUCUAAGAAGAUUCCGUAAGUUUUUCCCAUUCACUCUGUCAAAUUCUUUCUUCUAGCCAAGGAAUUCGCUGUAUGUUGAUGCAUUGUCGCGAUUUAGUCUAUCCGUUAUCGAUUCUUAAAAAAAUCAGAUUGCUGAUCUUGAAGUUGGGUGUCGACAGUGCUGGUUAAACUGUCCCUAGCAUUCAGAAUGGUGUGGUUACUCUGUAGUUCUCACACUUAGAUCUUCUGUAUCUAAUGAGGUAUCUUUAUUUCCAGUCUGUUGGUGUUUGUUCUUCCUCUCAGAUCCUUCUGAGUAGAACAUGGAAUGUCAUUAUUUUUACAUCUGUGUUUGACUUCAGUGCUUCAGUUGGUCCUGCUGCUCCGACACUCUUAAAACAUACGAUUACCUGGGUGAUUUCCCCUGUUGGUGGUGGUCCACCAUCGAUUGGAAAGUUUGUGUGCAUUGCUUCGAUGUCCGGUGAGUUCAGUUGGGCUGGUCUAUUCAAAAGCUCACUGAAGUGUUUUAGUCACCUCUUCCGCUCCUCUUGAACCUCAGCAAUUGGUUUUCUUUUUUAUUGAAUGGUUUCCCUGGCCUAAUCGAUUCACCUAUCAAGCUUCGUUGUAUCAUAUGAUUCUUUCAUAUUUCUUUCUUCUGCAGCUUGUUUUACUAGUUUCCAGUCUUUCUAUAUAUUUCCACUUGUCAGCUGUGACGCUCUUUUUCUCUCAUUUGUUUGUUUUUGUGUAUUCAGGUUUUUCUGCAUUUUUCGGCUUCUGUUGACUGUUGUUAUCUUGUUUUCCAAUUAUUGAAUCUUGCCUAAACUGUUUUCAGGGAUUAACUCGUUGUUUUGCCGCUUCUUGUGACCCAGCACCUCUUGGGACGUCGAAAUCAUUGCUUCUUCAGUCCGUUUUUUAUUAAUGCAGAUGCGGUCGAUAUGGUUUUCCGUAAUAUGAUUUAAUGAAACCCAUGUAGUUGUGCGUGUGCGCUUGUGGGGGAAAAGGGUACAAUCUGUAGCCAUUUUGUUCAAAGCACAUAGACCUACCUGUUUUUUGCCAUUCUUAUUCCUUUUUCUCAGUCAGUAUCUCAUUAUAGUACGUUUAUGACCGUCGUUGUCCGUCUGGAGUUCCGAGUUCAGGUUCCCCACAAAGAUAAUCUGGUGUUUUCCUGAACAUUUCUCUACGAUGGACUCCAGCUGCUCAUAAUGUUGAUCUUUAUCGUCUUCUCUUUUAUGAUUAUUAGGUGCCUAGAACUAGAUGACUUUCAUUGUAAUCCUUUCCUUGCUUGUUAUGGAGGAUGCUUUGAUCCUGAAUUCAUGGGUUUCCUAUCCUUCAAGUGCUUUUAGUGCCUUUUUGAACGGGAUCAGCAAAAUGUCUGUGUUUGGUGGAUUGCAUUCUCGAUGACCCCAUUGAAGUUAUUCUUCUUUUCCAGACUGUCCAAUGAGUUUCAUUUAUUCCAAGUAUAGCGAAAGUAUACCUUCUUAAUUGUUUGGCUAUUCGAAUGACCCUCUCAGUUUCCUGCAUUGUCCGGAUAUUCUGUGUACCUAUAUUAAUUGUUGCUGUGCUAGUUAUAUGGAACAUUAAAUUCGUAGCUUCCGAAGAAUCGCGGCUCUCACUUUUAGCUUUCAUAACUCUUCUAUAUGAAGACUUUAAAUACCUGGGCAGAGUUUACACAAUGUUUAUAAUUUUUUCUGGUCAGAGUUUUUUUAUCAAGGUUCUCUUACGAGAUGAAUUUGAUAAUCCUUCGCCUGAGCCUCCUUCAUGCGGGCUUAGGACUUUAUGGAAACCUAGGGAGCUCCAGGCGGGUUUGGUGUUCUGUGUGGUUCUUACAUAAACAGUUUGUUCAAAGUCAAAUGAUUGGCAGAUGAGUUACAACCGAUUAAUUAUUAUAUAAUUUUGUUUACUUAUCUCAGUGACAACUUUGUAAUCCUUUCCUACCAUCUUUUUCCUGCACAGAUGAACGUUUUCAAUAGUUUUUAAAAGGGCGAUUUACAUGCAUUCUUUACUCGUUGCUUAAGUUGCUGUCGACGAAGUUAAUUUAAAUGUUUUACGAUCUUUCCUUUGCACUUAGAGUUGCCUCGUUCUGAAUUCUAACCUUUUCCUUCAGGACAAUAAUUGUGUGUCAUACAUUCCGUAUGGUCCCUUACUUUGUCUAUUUAUAGAGGAUAUGUUGCGAAUUUCCUGUUAUUUUAAAUUGAAUUGACUUCGAACAGUAGAAUAUUUAGAAAAUAGUUUCAUGUAUGUUUCAAUAAUUGGCACGAAUAUUCUAUGUGUGUGAAGUUUUUGAAGUAGUUAGGUGUAUAGUUACUUACUAAUAUUCAACCAUAACUUAGUGCAUAUAUAAAGUUUCACAUGAAUAAUAUCAUUAUUUUCAAUACAGUGAGGUUCGCAUGUAGGCUAAGCCAUGACAGUCAUUUCAAGCAACAUAGAAAACUUGUUAAAGAAAAUACAUGGAGCAAUAAUAAUAAUAAUAAUAAUAAUAAUAAUAAUAAUAAUAAUAAUAAUAAUAUAUUCUAAUAAUAAUUACAGAGUGGAUCAAUUUUUACAAGCUUAAUCAGGUUCGUACAGAAUUGGUGAAAAAUUUGAAAAGAUGUACUGCAUAAAUAAUUUCAAUCUAACGUUUGUCAUAAAGAUAUUUCAAAGUUUAGUGAGUACAUAGAAAGGUUUUACACUUCAUAAUAAUAGUAAUAUAACCGACUACAGCCGGCGAUGCGCAAGUAUGAUAGCAAUCUAAUCUACAUAUCGUAAGCUGGAAUAAGAAUAACUAUUGGAGUUUCAUAUUUUACAAUAUGAAUUGUUUCCGGACAAUCGAAGCAUGAUCUGGAAGUUGUUUAAAGUAAAGAAUGAAAAGCGAAAAUUUUGAUUUUGUAAAUUAUUUGUUCAAUUCUCCCCAUAUCAAAAAUAUCACUAAAUCAUUCUGGCUCUCUCUAUCUAGGAAAACUAUGUAAGCUUUUACUAGCGGUCAUUUUAUGUUAUUCUCACCACAGUAUAUUCCAUAAUAAAAUGACAAACACAAAUUCUUUUGACAUAGUAAUGAAUGUAUAAGUGUUUAAACGAAACCCGUUAUGUAUAAAUGUAUAGGUGUCCUUAUGAUUUCUAUCAUUUUUAGGUUUGUGUAUUUCACUUAACUGCAUUUUCUUACGUUCCAUACCAAAUCUUUUGUAACAGAGUGACAUUUUUUUUCUUGUUGAAAAUAUUUUUAGUUACGGUUCUAUCUACAGUGAGUUAGCAGAGAGUAUCUCACAAUGUGAUGUUGAAGCAGACUUAAAUUUGUGGUCGUCAAAUCAUGGAGUUGAUAUGCCUUUUGUUUCCCCACAAUUUGAAGAGUAUUCACCAGACCUUGCAUAUAUUACUGGUAAAAAACGUGCUACACUAACUGAUCCCGAUUCUCCUGUCACUUUAACUAAUAUAACAAUGAUAAGUCAUCCAUUUGAUCAUGAGUCUAAUGAAAUAACAUCUAAUAAUUCUAGAAGUAACAAUAAUAAUCAUAAUAAAAAAUCAGAGAAUACUAUCGUUUCAUCAGCUAAUGGUCGAAAUUCUGAUACAAAUAAUCCUUUUGAUGAUAAAGUUUCUACAAAUCGAAAACCAACUAAUGGAGUUAAUGCUAGUGUAUAUGCUAUGAGUUCAAGUUCCGCUGCUGCUUUUGCCGGUGAUGGUGACGGCGGCAUCGAUUCUAUGUACACUGAAGAAAUCAAUGAUGCAACUUAUGAUGAUGGUCGGGAAGGUGUAAAAGUACGUGCACUAUAUGAUUAUGUUGGACAAGAUGGCGAUGAAAUCAGCUUCGUUGCUGGUGACACGUUUGAAAAACUUGAAGAACCUGAUGAUCAAGGUUGGUGUAAAGGACGAAAAGAUGGUCGUGUUGGUCUAUAUCCUGCAAACUACGUAGAACCUUGUUCAAAAUAAUGCUACACAUAAAAUAUUUGAUCCAUCAUUUCUUUUCAUCUGUGGCUUCUUGUUGUUCUUUGAAACAUUUUUACAAUUGCUUGUAUUCGUAUCGUAGAGUAUUGAAGGAAUGUGCAAAUAGUUAAAACAUGGAAUUUACAUCUUUUUUUAUAUCUUCGUUGAUAUAUAUAUAUAUAAAUAUAAAGGAGCGGUUUCUCCCACAUGUCCUACAUACUUUUUGUAGAUGAGAAAACGUGACCCUAUCAUAUUUUAAAAACCAUUUAUUCGAGUUAUAGCGAACCACGAAAAGAGGACCUAACAAAUUUCAUUUAUUGAUGAUUAUUUUCGGUUUAUUUUCUGUGCCGCAUGGAUUUUUUCCAGAAUGAAAAUUGCUAUUUAAUGUUACAUUUCUUCCUUUAGAAAACAAUGAUUAUCGUUUUCAAUGUCAUCACCAUUGUGUAAUAUCUGUCACUUACAAAUGUUGCUCUGUCACUGUUGAAUAAGGGAUUUUCAAGUGUAUUCACCAUAUAAAUCAACUCUUACUAUUUCCUUUAUCUUAUUUUUGUGAGUUGAAACACCGUAUAAACUUUGAUGAACAAUAUACAUAUGUAAUAGGAAUAAAUCUGAAAUAUUUAUCAAUUAAUUUAUGCUUGAGUAUAAUAAUUUCGCUUUAAACAUGGGCGCUGUCUAUUCUACUCAUUUCCCAUCUUUUUAAAAUAAUUUUUGUCCAUUUUAGUAUACGUACAUAUUAUAUUCAUAUUUAUGUAUAUAUAUAUGUCUUAAAGUCGUUAUAUUAAGGCAAAUUUAUAGAGUUUCUCAUUGUUGCUAUAUAUGAAUGGUAUAUUUUUAUUUGUAACCUUAUCAUUAGUUUUUUUCUACUUAUUAGCAUUACAUUAUAUCCUUUUUUAUUUUUUCCCUCAUGAAUUGUUUGUCAUAUUAUUUUUUCUUACAUUCUUUCAUCGUUUCUCUAUUAUAUUUUGUUAUCUGACAAUUGAGUUGUCUGUUCUUCUAUAUCUGUGCAUGAAUCAUAACAGAUUUUCAUCGUAUUACGUUACUUGCUUCAAUUCGGUUGAAAUUUUCUUCCAUCUUAUAUAUAUA